GCAUGGACCAAUGGAACAUUUGGGCUUGCCGCGAACGGGGUUUGCCGGGAACAGUCCUCGACGUCAGCGUCGGGAGCUGUGCAGCAACAGGGAGAUGGACUCCGACAGUCUCUAUAGGGACGUGGUGGAGAAAGAUGGUGUCCUGCGGGAGAUCCUGCGCAGCCAGCCGUGCAACGCGCCGAACGCACUCUUUCACCGUGCCAACUUGAUGGAGAAGGCCGAACAAUUUGUGUCCAUGUUCCCAGGUGUCGCCGCGUCAAAGGAGACGGAGCAAGUUCUCUGGAAGCCUUGUUUCUACAAGCGCAUCGAGGACUUUCGUCGUCGCAUCCGCAAGUACGCCAGUCAAUCCGGUAACGACAAGUCGGUCAGAGAUCACUUCUUCAAGCUAUCUGGUGAAUUCCAAUCGUUCCUGGACGAAGCUGCCGCGUACUACGAGCGACUACAUGGGUAUUUUGCCGCUUCAAGAUCAGGACAUAUUGGGGACGCCAUCCACCACAGCAUGUUUCGCUGCCUCAUCUUCCUCGGGGACAUUGCGCGGUACCGCGAGCUGCAUAGCCAAAAGGCAAAGAAAAACUUUCGAGCCGCGGAGGGCUUCUAUCACCGUGCUCUCGAGAUCCUUCCAGACAACGGGAAUCCGCACAAUCAGCUCGCUGUGCUGGCGACCUACGUCGAAGCGGAAACGAUUGCCGUGUAUCGUUACUGCCGGUCGCUUCUCUUGCCCAAGCCAUUUGCGACCGCCGAAGAAAACUUGGUCCUACUCUUUGAACGAAGCCGCCAUCGCGCGUUCCCAGCCGUCGGACACUCCGCCUCAAUCACGUCGUCGUCCCCGCCGAAAGAUAAAUCCGCUUACCUCAAAGGAUUCCUCCAUCGGCUCACGCGGCUUCACGGCCUCAUGGUAGCUCCAACUGCUGACGAAGGAUACCUUCCGACGCUUGAGGCAAACGUGUGCGAAUCGUUCACGUCGCUCCUGGCUGCUGGAGUCCUUGGCGACGCUCUCGUCCUCAAGUUGUUUGCCAUCAACAUCUAUUGCAUCUGUCGAAGCAAUCCACCGAUGCAAUCGCUUGCUGUGGGCUUGACGCUCAAGAUGGCGACGCUCGUGCUAGGCUUUGUCCACGACAAGCUGUUUCUGCUGGGGCCAGUGAGUGUCCUGUGCGAUUUUUUCCGAGCACACCCGCACUAUCUCACGGAUUCCUCUGAUCACGGCACCGUCGUUGCGUCGCCACUUGUGGCGUGGGUAGCUGCGAUUGCGACUGCGCUCAACAAACGCCACGCGGAUUCCUUCUCGGGGCCGAUCACGGACGCUGCCAAGGUGGCGUUGAUGAAGCCGCGGCUGAAGGAAACGGUCGAGCUGAACUUCUUUGAGCCUUUGGGCGUUGAAUACGCCCUUCGUGGCAGCGAAGGAAUUACGAGCGUCCUGCCGGACGUCGAGUCCGCUACGAUUCGAUGGUCGAACAUCCACUGGUUUGCCGUGUCGACGUUGAUUCCGCAGCACCUCCUGUAUGAGCAUCAUUGCGUGUGGUCAAUAAGCCCUCCAAGCCCUGAUGUGGUCUCGCCGCGGCCGCCAUCGUUGUUCGGGUUUCCCGGAGGCCCUGCGUUGAGCGACCAACGCACCAAGUACCUAUCGAGCGGCACGUCAACGAACCAACCGAGCGGUGACGAGAACGAUGACGAUGAAGAUUGUGGCGAAGUCAUUGUGUUCCAGCCCUUGCGGUCGACCCCCCAGCCACCGUCUGCGGCGUCGCUGCCUCGCCCAGUGCUGUCCCCUGUCGCGCCAAGCAGUAGUCUCACGGCGCUCACGGACAGUCCUUCGUUUGGGGGCGCCGAUUUGAGCGCGUUCACGCAUUUGGGUGGCGGCCUUCGACCGCUGGAAGAUCUAACGUGGGGAAAGUCUCCGUCGGUAGUGUGGCAUGCAGAGAACACAAGCGUGCCGUCAAACAUGAUGGGAAGCACCUGGAACGACCUGGAUGCAGUGGAGGAAGAAGGCACCCGAUAUGAGCACCAGACGUCGACAUUGAGCAUGCUGUUUGAAGCGACGGAAAAGGCCACCCCAAACACCCCACCUGGCUUUCGGAAUAUGCUCGUCACGACCAACCCGUUCGUCGUCGCACCCAACACAUGAUCGAUCCGAGUCCCUUUCCCUGCCUGCCUCUCCACCAGUUUGGCAAAAGCAUUGCCAUGGCCGUGUCCCCCGCGGCCGUGAUCGUGAAGGCUGUCGUCCUCCUUGCUUAUGCCCCUCUAGAUAAAGUUUUGCCCGGAAUUACAAACCAUGCUUGCGCCAACGCUAGAGGCGUUUCGAGUCAGG